AUGUCCUCCAUUUCCAGAGUGGUGACCAAGUUCUACCAGCAUAUUCUAGCUUUGGUCUUUGCUAUUGAUGAGAUCAAUAACAAUCCCAAGAUUUUACCCAAUGUUACUCUUGGGUUCCACAUCUUUGACAGCUACUCUGAUUCAAAGAUGACUUACCACACCAUUUUGGACCUGCUCUUCACUUCACAAGAGUUCACUCCAAACUACAAAUGUGGCAGUCAGAAAAACGUAAUAGGAGUUAUUGGGGGAUUUGGCUCUGAUACAACCUCACGCAUGGCAGAUAUCUUACAUCUUUAUAAGAUUCCACAGCUUCAUUCAUUUCUUCAGAGGAUUUCAUUCAACAAUAGUGCUGGAGAUGAAAUCACAUUUAAUGAACAUGGAGAAUUGGCAGGCGGAUUUGAUAUUACAAACUUGGUCACUUUUCCUAAUAAUUCCUAUAUCAAGGUCCAUAUUGGAAGAUUGGAUCCUCACAAAGGAUUUACUAUUGAUGAAGAUAAAAUUGAAUGGGAGAGAGAUUUCACUCAGGUACCACCUCUUUCCCUGUGUAAUGAAAAGUGCCAUCCUGGCUACAGUAAGAAAAAGAAGGAGGGAGAGAAAUUUUGCUGCUAUGAUUGUGCUCCAUGUCCAGAUGGGAUGUUCUCAAACCAAGAGGAUGCAGAAAUAUGUCUCAUUUGUCCAGAGGAUCACUAUCCAAACAAAUUCCAGGAUCAAUGCCUUCCUAAAAUUCCAAACUUUCUCACUUUUGAAGAUCCUUUGGCUAUCGCUGCAACUGUCUCAGCACUUUUACUAUCUCUGAUCUCACUUCUGGUACUAGGCAUCUUCCUGAAGCACCAUGAUACGGCCAUUGUGAAAGCCAACAAUCGGAGUCUCACCUACACUCUUCUCAUUGCCCUCCUCUUGUGUUUCCUCUGUCCCUUGUUGUUUAUUGGAAGACCUAACCAAGCAACUUGCUUUCUUCGCCAGACCACUUUUGGUUUCGUCUUUUCUGUCUCCAUUUCUAGCAUAUUAGCAAAAACGAUUUCAGUGGUCUUGGCUUUCAUGGCUACCAAACCAGGAUCCAGGAUGAGGAAAUGGGUGGGGAAAAAACUGGCCUAUUCCAUUGUGUUCACAUGCUCCAUAUUUCAAGCAGGAAUCUGUGUUUUGUGGCUGACAAUUUCCCCCCCAUUCCCUGAUGUGGAUGUGCACUCAAUGACUAAGGAAGUCAUUCUUAUAUGUAAUGAAGGCUCAGUUAUUAUGUUUUAUUGCAUUUUGAGCUACAUGGGUUUUCUGACUAUUAUCUGUUUCACUGUGGCCUUUCUAGCCAGGAAGUUGCCAGAUAGUUUUAAUGAAGCCAAGUUCAUCACCUUCAGCAUGCUGGUGUUUUGCAGUGUUUGGUUGUCAUUCAUCCCAACCUAUUUAUGCACCAAAGGAAAAUACAUGGUGGCUGUGGAGAUCUUCUCCAUCUUGGCCUCCAGCUCUGGGUUAUUCAGUUGCAUCUUUUUUCCUAAAUGCUAUAUUAUUGUGGUAAGACCUGAACUGAAUAAUCGAGAACAGCUUAUUCGAAAAAAGACAUAAAUGUUAGAUUAUGAGGGCAUUAUGAGGGCAUGCCUUCAGGAAUAAAGGGUGAUUUUGAGAAGUAGUUUAAAAGAACA